AUGGAGAGCCCAAGACCGACCUGGACCGCCGCGGCCAGCUCGUGGCGCGACUCGCCUCCAUCCUCUACCUCGAAACUGAAUCAGGGCAGCAAGCGGGAGAAUGAAGGGAACAAGAGCACUCACGGCGCCGAACCAGAUAAGGGCGGCGAAGGAGAACGCGAGCGGCGCCAACGCCUGAAGGCUCUUCUCCUCCACAUCACCGACGACGAGGGCGAAGAGUUACACGGACCGAAGGGCGUGGCGUUCUCGACCGACGCCAAGCGUCUCCUCCAGACUUUCUUCCUCGAGGCGGCGGGCAUUUUGACAGAGCAGGCGGAGGGGCUGGCCCUGGAGGCCUGGCAAUCGCGCCACCCCGAGCGCACCCGGUCCCACCGCGACCACCACCAGCAGCAGCCCAGGCCCGCGGCCGCCGACUCGUCCGCCGACGUCGGCCACAACGCAUCGUCCGAUCAUCCGGUCGACACAGCGAGCGACGACAACGAGGAGCAGACGUCGGGCCUGUCGUCAGCGUCGUCGUCGUCGUCGGUGGCGGUGAUGUCGUCGACAUCGCCCCUGUCGACAUCGCCGCCGGACGACUCGUCGCCCCCGAUCUGCUCGUCCCUCUCGUCGUGCUCCUCCUUCGCCUCCUGCGACACUCUGCCGCCGCCUUCGUCGCUCUCGCUCUCUUCGUCAUUCGUGCCCGUUUCGUCUACGCCUACGACGGCGUCGGCACAUAGCCAGUCGCAUGCCAUGCAUUCCUCUGCGCCGAUCGACACCCGGCGGACACGAGCGGCCCCGGCCGCGAUUGGCCUCGAUCAACCCUCCGUUUCCUGGCACCACGUGGUGAAGGCUGUGGAGCUCCUGCUGCAGCUGCCCCUCGACGGCGGCGGCAGCGGCGAGGCGUCGGACGAGGGGCCAGGCCGGGCCUCUACGCACGGCGCCGACAUCGAUGGCGACAUCAGCGCAGCCGCGGACGCGACGCUCAGCGCAGCCCACAGACGACGCGAGAAGGCGCGCAGCCUCAGCGCCCUCGGCCGCAAUAAUAUGGAGGACCCGCUGCUGCGCCACUACUCCUUCUUCCGCCUCAUCGACCAGAACGUGCCGGUGUUCCUGCGGUUGUUGGAGGGCGAACAACAGCGGUGGGACUUUGUAUCGAAGCAGCACGGGGUGGUCAUCCACCGGCGAACCAUCGCGCCCGCCCCGCGCGGACGCAACAUCCACUGCUUCCGAGGGGUGGGCGUGAUCAGGGCGCCCCCGUCCGUUGUCAAGGAGUACCUGUUCGAGCAAAAGGAGUGGGCGCUCUGGGACUGCUACGCGAAGGAUUGCCGGGAGGUGGAGCGACUCGACAGCUGCACCAAAAUCAUGCAAUUCCGGUAUGAGACGGAGCGGUGCUUCGUGCAGCACCGGCGCGACUUUUGCGCGCUUCUCCACCUCGUGCGGCGCCCCCGCGGCGCCAUCCUCCUCAGUGUGGAGCAUCCAAUGUGUCCGCCACUCGAGGGCUGGACGCGCGGCGUCGCCCUCCACUCGGGCGCCCUCAUCGAGCCCAAGAAGGAUGGAGAGGGCAAUCUGGUGUCGAAGGUGACGAUCAUCACCCAGAUCGAUCUGGUGGGCCUUCCCGCGGCGAUCGUCAACAUGGUGCAGGUCCAGCGACCCCUCCUCGUCGCCCAAAUCCAGCAACGCCUUGAUGAUGCCGCCAACCAAUCGUAA